CUCUGGACGCUGAUUGCGCAAUGAUCCUUGGUGGAGAUCCACCGUGAAAUACAUAAUCCCGUGCUUACAUAAGAUCUAUGCUUAAGUUACUAGGUACAUGUACCAGUGACGGAACCCACAUGUCACAUGAUAGGUACUAGAUACCUAGGUACCUACAAUAGAAUUGAAUCCAGCGGGACAGAACGUAGAACCAUCAACGACAAGCAAUAUCAAUACCCAAUAAUCCGCCAACAGGUUGGACACCAACUCAUAACCAUGGUGUUCGCAGAAACUGUGUCAGUCUGUACCCUCCAUUCAACGUAGCCGAGUCUGGAGGCCUCGUAUGUACAACAUCUCCCGACAUCUAAGUCACAGCCCGUACACAGGUAGGUACCAGGUAGAUCGUAGCAUCAUCAUACCCAAUACCCAAUACCCUACUUCAAAUCGUACCUAAUCUAGUUUUGCAACUACCUACCUACCCUACCCCAAAGCCGGCAUAGCAGUAACCAACCCCUGCAUGCCAUCCCGACCAAGAAACGCAUCGUUCUCCGCCCUCACGGCAUCCAUAUUGCUCGUUCGUCUCAUCCGACCAGCGAUACACAUGCCGAAGAAGACCCGCAGGCCCGACGCCCGCGCCAGGUCCAGGUCCAGCUGCAGCCGCGUCGUGCCAUGCCGUGCCGUGCCGUUCGCCAGCACGAAGAGCUCGAGCGCCGGGGAGCUCACUGCGCAGCGCGGUUAGAGCGGGGCAAGACGUCGGGCCACGCGGCCAUCUUGUGUGCCCGGAUUGCCACGGCGCGCUCGAUCGCGGGGGCGGUGCCGCCGCUCGUCCGUGUACCACACGUCCCAGGCGAGGAUCCGCAGCAGCGUCCAGCGUCCGGCGGUGCGUGACGUCGACGUCCUCUUGGGUGUGCAGCUCGGUGAAGAAACUCCCUCGCGCCAGUCGAUGGCCAUGGCGCCCCGCGGAUGAUCGGCGGCAGCGCGGCGUGGGGCAGACACCGCGUGGGUGCCAGUCAGUCCAGGCACGUGCUCAUGAAGUCGAAGAAGAAGACGGCCUGGGUUUCGUCGGCGGUGCUCUGUUCUGCCUGGCUGUGCUUGCGUGCGACGUGGUGGGUAAGUACCUAGGUAGCAAACUUCUCUCUACCUAGUAUGUAGGAUCUAGUCUCUAGUCUUCUUGGUCUCGUGAUUGCCUAUUUUUUUUUCUUCGAAUUGUACU